AUGGACAUUCCACAAUUCUCCGCUUUUCAUACAAAAAUAAACGUUUCUUGUUUUUUCUCUCCUCCUCCUAUUUCUGUUCUUACGACUUUCCAAUAUUUUAAAAUUAGAAUUUCUCCUCCUCUUCCUUCUUUGCCUGCCUCUAUCUCUCUUUCUUUCUUUCUUUGUUGUUUUCCUCUUUCAUUCUUUUCUCUCUCCUGCUUCGUCUUCCAUCAUUCUUCUUCUUCUUCUUCUUCUUCUUCUUCUUCUUCUUCUUCUUCUUCUUCUUCAGAACUUUCUUCUUCUUUCUCUUCUUCUCCUUGCUUCUCUUCUUCUUCUUCAACCUCUUCUUCUUCUCCUUCCUCCUCCUUCUUCUUCUUUAGAACUUUCUUUUCUUCCUUUCUUCCUUCUCCUUCAUCUUCUUCUUUAGAACUUUCUUCCUUUACUUUCCUCUUCAUCUUCUUCAGAAAUUUCUUCUUCUCCUGCUCAUCUUCUUCUUCUUCUUCUUCUUCUUCUUCUUCUUCUUCUUCUAUGUGCCGUGUCCCUUCAGGACUAUUAUUAAUCUGUCUUUAUCAUUAUAAACGAUGCCUCACCAAUUCAUUCUUCUUCUUUUUGACCUUCAUUCGCUUUCGUUUCACAUUCACGACCUCCAGAUUUCUUUUUUUUUAUUUCACUUUUUUCUUCCUCUUGUACCUUUUCUUCUUUCUUGCUCGCAUGUUUUCCUUUUCAUCUGUUUUUUAUUUCUCACCUCUUUUUCUUUUCAUCCUUGUCUUUUUCAUUUUUUCCAUCAACAUCAUCUUCUUAAAGAUUUCCUUCUUUUUUCCUUCCUCCUGCUAA